CUAGUAUACGAAUACUAUGCAUUCAAUGUGUUAGCAAGGUCAGACCUGGUUUGGCCGAAGCGAGUUUUUGUCGGUGGUGCAGUCGAAUCACAAGAUACGGGGAUGUUCUAGUAGCAGCAUUACGACGCCGGUUAGUGUCUAUGGAGAGUUGGCUAGGCAGCAUUGGUGGUAGCUACAGGAUCCCGCGGAGCAUGUUUCCGUGGCGUUCUCUAGAUGCACAAAUAUACCGCGAGGCACGCAUAACUCAACUCUGGUGCUUCGAUGAGUCGACAAGCGAGCCUUUUACACUACUCGAUAAUGCUUGCGGAACCGGUCCUAUCGUGGCGCACUUGCAGGACCACAUUGACUCUAAAUUGCUGCUAAAGAGCAAGGUGGUUUGUGCCGACUUCAAUCAAAAUUUUGUGAAUAUAUUGAAGAGGCGUGCUACCGGGUAUAACUGGACAAAUCUUGAGACGGCUGUCGUUGAUGCUCAGGUUUGUUCAAUCACGACUGUAUUUGUAACAGUUGAUACUUAACCUAACUAUUCCAAUAGCAUUCCGACUUUCUAGAAGAGUCUUCCACUCA